AUGGUUAAUGAUAAAUUAGAUUUAUUUGACCAAAAAAAAAGUCAAGAAAAUAUAUUUAAAGAAGAGGAUAAUAUGCACUUGUUAGAAUCAAAUCCGACAGAAAUUAUAAAAAAAAAAUAUUCCACUUCGAGUUAUACAAAUUCUUCAACGAAACUCCUUGAAAAACUUUUAAAAAAUUCAGAAAGUGAUAUUUUGCCCGUGGAAACAGAUUAUUUACAGUCGUCAAAAGACAGCAUUAACGAUGUAGACAUUUUACAAAAAAAUUAUUUACCAAAUGAAAAAAAUGAAAUUUUUAAUUCAGGUGAUAAUAUAAAUUGGAAUAUAAUAUUAAAUAACAAAACAAAUUUUGAAAAUGGCGAGAGUGAUAAAAAUAAUGUAGAAAAUAUACGAGAAGAAUAUGAAAUGACACAGGGUAACGCGAACGUUAAUAAUAUUUCCGUUAAUUUCUUAGAAAACAGUAUAAAUUCGAAAAAAUUACAAAAUGAAUAUUUUAAACCGUUUAUAAAAAAUUCUAACAGUUUUUUACACAAAACUAAAAAAUUCGAAUUGGACGAAUUUAAUUUAAAUGAAUUUUUUUCAUAUUGUGAAACAAAACAAGAAAAUAAUAAUUACAGUAUGACGGUUGAAAACGAUUAUGCAGUGGCAGAAGACGUUGAAAAAAGUAAUAACGGUAAUUUCACAAUUAUCAGAGAAUGUGAUAAGACGAAUGAAAUUCAAGAACUUUAUACACCAGAAUUGUUUAAUAUUAAUUAUCAAAAUGUUAAUAAUAAUUUUCACACGAGAAAAAAUAUAAAUUUCGAAUCACAAUUUGUAACACAACCUCCCACGACCGUGAGCAGCCAUUUUAAUGACGUUAACGAACUUCCACAAAAAUUGAUUAUAGAAAAUGAUGAAAUAAAUGAUUUUCCAAAUGAAAAUUUUGAAAAACUUAAUUCUCUCGAUGAGGAAUUAUAUCGUUUGUUGGAAUCGAUUGAAAAACAAGAAAAUGACGAAACCAAUAAUGGUAGUAUGAUAUUUUUAAAUAAUAUUUUCAUUUGUUUUUUGGCAUACAAAGAAAUGAAAACAAACAUUCAAACAAAUCAGAAUCCAAUUGAAGAUAAUAAUAAUAUGAAAGAAAUUUAUUGUUGGCUUGAAAAUGCAGAAAAAGAACAAGAAGGAUUGGAUGAAAGUGUAAUCAGUAUAAAAAGAAAUGAUUCAACCUGUGAAGAAAUUAAUUUAUCACCCAGAUUAGAUAAUCUUUUGGAAAAAAAUCCCAUUGAAUUAGCACAUGAAAUAUUAUUAUUAAACAUUCAAAUUGAAGAUCAAAAAAAAGGAAUCAAAUUAUUGAGAGACACAUUAGGAGAAAUGAAAGAAAGAGAAAAAGAAUUUAUUUUGGAACAGAAAAAAAUUAUAGAAAAAACUAAAGAAGAAUCUAAAAUGUUAAUACAAAGACAUCAAACAUUUAUUAAACAAGAAAUGACAAUAAAAGGUUUAGAACCAGAACUUUCACGUAUGGUCGAAGUUAAACAAAAUGAAAUUUUCGAACUUAAACAAAUUCAUAGAACCGAACUUGAAGCUGUUGAACUUAAAGCAAUUCACAAAACAUCUGAAUUAAUUGAUCAAUUAAGAGCUGAAUUGUUAAGAGAAAAAGAAUUUGCAAUUGAAAGAGAAACAAAUAUAUUAAGAACCAGACUGGAAGAAAAUUUUGAAAAGGAGAGAAAAAAAUUGGAAGGUGUGAAUCAAAAAUUAAAAGAAAAAAUUAUAGAAGUAGAAGAAAAAUUAGCAAAUCGUGAAAUUGAAUAUCGUCAAAAAUUAAUUGAAAAUAAAAAAGAAUUGGCUAAAGAAAAAGAAAAAUUAAUUGAAGAAUUUAAAGAGAAAACAAAUGAAGAUAAACAACAGCAUCAAUUGGAAAUAAAAAAUUUGAAAAUUUACUAUGAAGAAGAAAAAGAAAUAUGGAUAAGAGAUUUGAAAAAACAAGAAGCCAUUAAAUAUUCUGAAAAAGAAUGUAUUCUGAUGGAACAAUGCAAAAGAGAAAAAGAAAAAGAAAUGGAAAAAAUUAUGGAAAAUUUCGAAAAAGAAUCGGAAGAAGUAAUUAAUAUAAAAAAUAUUUUAUUACGAUUACAAGAUAAAUACGAUAGCGAAAUAAUGGAUUUACACGAAAAUGAAAAUUUAUUGAAAUCUAAAUUUUCCGACAUGAAAUCCGAAUUGAUUGAAAAAGAAAAUUUAAUAACUGAACUUCAACAUCAAAUCAUUAAAAAAGAUGUUAAAAUAGAAUGUUUAAAAAAAGAAAACGAAGCUUUACAACAAAAAAUACAACAACUCGGUACCAUGUUGGAAAAACAAAGGAAAAAUCUUUUACUAAACUGA